GGUCACACUACAUUUUCGCGAAAUUUCAUGAAAAACAACCGGGUGAAUUUUAGAAUUUUAAGUUCAAGUCUAAAUAUGAAGUUGAAUGUAGAUGGACUGCUGGUCUACUUCCCAUAUGACUACAUAUACCCGGAACAGUUCAUGUACAUGAUGGAACUCAAAAAGACGCUAGAUGCUAAAGGCCACUGCGUGCUGGAGAUGCCCUCGGGAACUGGAAAAACAGUUUCGUUGCUGGCACUCGUGAUUGCAUACAUAAAGAAUAAUCCCAAUGAGGUCAAUAAACUGAUAUAUUGUUCCCGGACCAUUCCAGAAUUGGAAAAGGUGGUUGAAGAGUUGAAGAGUCUUAUGGAUUACUAUGAGCAGGAAACCAGCGAGAAACAAAGCAUUGUGGGAUUGGCCCUCUCCUCACGCAAGAACCUCUGUAUUCAUCCAACGGCAUCCAAAGCCAUGGAGGGCACGUCAGUGGAUGCGGAAUGCCAUAAAAUGACUGUGUCUUACAUGAGGAAGAAACACAACCAGGACAACUCGGUACCAGUCUGUGACUUCUUUGAGCAAUAUGAAAAGAACGGAAAAGGAACCCUACUACCUCCAGGAGUUUAUGGACUGGAUGAGAUGAAAGAAUACGGAGCAAAGAAGGGCUGGUGCCCCUACUUUAUGGCACGAAGCGUGAUAAUGCAGGCUGAUGUGGUUGUGUACAGUUACUACUAUCUUCUUGACCCGAAAAUAGCAGAUAUCGUCUCGAAGGAAUUGUCGAAGAAAUCUGUUGUCAUCUUUGAUGAGGCCCAUAAUAUAGACAACGUGUGUAUACAGUCUAUGAGUGUCCAGAUAACCAAGCGGACCUUGGAUAAAUGUCAGCAAAAUAUGGACACUCUCACCAGACACAUAAAUAGGUUGAAGGAAUCAGACACAGACAGACUGAAGCAGGAAUACCAGCGUCUUGUUGAGGGGCUGCGAGAGACAAAUCUAAACAGGGAAACAGAUGUAGUCCUUGCAAACCCAGUGAUUCCGGAUGAAAUUCUGCAAGAGGCAGUACCGGGUAACAUCCGGAAUGCGGAACACUUUAUCUCUUUCUUGAAGCGAUUCUGUGAGUAUCUUAAGACAAGGAUGCGGAUACAGCACGUCGUGUCUGAGACACCACCAUCAUUUCUCAAAGAUUGCUCACAGAAAAUCUGCAUAGAGAGAAAACCUCUCAGGUUUUGUUCGGAGAGACUUGCAUCAUUACUACGAACUCUGGAACUAGCAGACAUGUCAGACUUCGGGGCCCUCACUCUCAUUGCCGGUUUUGCCACACUGGUUAGCACCUAUACGAAAGGUUUUGCAUUGAUAAUCGAGCCGUUUGAUGAUCGAACACCGACCAUUCCCAACCCGGUCCUGAACUUCUUUUGUCUCGAUGCUUCCAUCGCCAUCAAACCCGUCUUUGAUAGAUUCCAGUCAGUUGUCAUCACAUCAGGGACCCUAUCACCAUUAGACAUGUACCCUAAGAUCUUAGAUUUCCGGCCCGUUAACAUGGCAACCUUUUCCAUGACUCUGGCUAGGACUUCCAUAUGUCCAAUGAUUGUGAGCAAAGGCAAUGACCAGGUUGCCAUGAGUUCCAAGUUUGAAUCUCGAGAUGAUCCGGCUGUUAUCCGUAACUAUGGCAACCUUUUAGUGGAGAUGUGCGGAGUGGUUCCUGAUGGUGUCGUUUGCUUCUUUACUAGCUAUAUAUACAUGGAGUCAACAGUUGCAUCUUGGUAUGAGCAGGGCAUCAUAGACCAGAUACAGAAACACAAACUGUUGUUCAUAGAGACACAGGACGCUGCAGAAACCACCCUGGCUCUCCUUAACUACCAAAAGGCAUGUGAGAAUGGGCGAGGAGCAGUGCUACUGUCUGUUGCAAGGGGGAAGGUGUCUGAGGGAAUUGACUUUGAUCAUCACCUCGGGAGAGCUGUAAUCAUGUUUGGCGUUCCAUAUGUGUAUACACAGAGCAGAAUUCUCAAGGCUCGUCUUGAGUACCUCCGGGAGCAGUUCCAGAUUCGUGAGAAUGAUUUCCUCACGUUUGACGCCAUGAGACACGCUGCACAGUGUGUGGGAAGGUGUCUCAGAGGGAAGACAGACUACGGCAUUAUGCUGUUUGCUGAUAAGCGAUUUUCACGUGCGGACAAGAGGGGCAAGCUUCCCCGUUGGAUCCAGGAGCACCUUAAAGACAGUCUGUGUAAUCUGUCGACAGAUGAGGCUGUCCAGAUUGCUAAGCGCUUCCUACGCACCAUGGCUCAGCCGUUCAGCAGGGAGGACCAACUAGGUCUGUCAUUGCUCACCUUGGAACAGCUACAAUCAGAGGAUGUCAAGAAGAAGCUAGAGUCCCGCAUGCAGUAUGUUUGAGCGAGUGAAAAAAACUCAGGGAGGCGACAUUGAUUGGACUGUUUAACCUUAUACCUCUGAGGGAGGCAAGGCCAAUAUGACUGUUUUGCCUUAUACAUCCGAGUUUAGCGCUCAGAACUGCAGGCAGUAGUCUCACAUCAGAAAUUGAUAGUGCAGUAUAAUCCUGAGGCUCGCAUAUAGAACAUCUUACGACCGUUUAUUGGAGGAACGCUAGCAUGUCUGUAUAAUUAUGUUUGGACAUUACUGGAGGCAUGAUAUACAUGAGUUUAUCAAAGGACCAAACAAGUGCUUCGUUCAUUUAAUAAAUUUAGAACAGUUUGUGAGAAACCUGCAAUCACAACUGAUAAACGUAGGUUUCUGACAUAUUGUAAUCUUCACAGUUUGGCAACUAUAUAGAGGACGAUUAUUAGCAUAUACAUGUAGGCAAUUAUGAAUGGGGCAUAUUUUUCCUAAGCAUUUUUGUCAAACAGAGGAAUUUUUGUUAUGGAGUAUUGAACAAUAAACUUUCAUAUAAAUCCGA